CUUGACAAGGCCAUAGCACUAUAGUUAAUUUGGAGCAAUAAUUAAAGUAGAACAAUGAAGCCCAUUGAUGACAAGCAAGAGACAGUGACGUUGAGAGGCGUGAGCCACGACGAGGAAGGUAAAAAGAGGGUUGAGAAGACAGAGCUCAACACCCACAACAUAGAUACCAUCAGAUACGUUGAGAAGAAGCUCAUCAAUAAGGGUAUCCAUCGUUUGGAGCGCCACCCUGUCGACGGCAUCGGCAUCGGCAGGCCACCGCCCAAGUCUGGACACGGCGGUAAGUUCACGUGGGAAGGCCCUGCUGGCAUGGCGGAGAACGAGAUGAUGGCGGCGCCGGCGGCUAUAGAUGAGAAGGACCCUAACUAUGUGGAUGAAGAAGAAGAAGAAGAAGAGGAGAAAGAUGUAGAGGGGUUGGUUAUUGGGGAGGUUGAAGUGCCCAAGGUUGCUGAGGAACGUGAAGGUGUUGCUAGGGUUGACGUUGAUCCCCGCUUGCAAGUUACCUAAGCUCUUAGCAUGGAUUGAUUUGUUCCAGAUUUUCAUACAUGAGUGUUCUUUGCUCUUUGAUAGUUUCGUGUAAUUUGGGUUUUGAUGGACUUGAACUUGUAAUUAUCAAUAAGACUAGUGAAAUGUGAAGUUCUUUUUUUUCCGACACAAAUUGCAGACUAGUUACUUCAUUUUGUA